UGCUCUAAUGCCUCUCCUUGAUAUCGCUAUUGACGACCCACAAGCAAUGUCAUACAAACAACCUUGAAGUCACUUCGUCCCUAUGAUCCCACUGUUAAUAAUCGCAACGCCUCUCGUAGCAUUGUUCGUUUUUUGUCUGUCCAGCGGUAAGAAGAUAAACUCUGUUACAUAUGCCUCUGGAUCUUCAGCCAAUUGCGGAUGGAGGGAUGGCAUGUUGGCUUACUUGAUGGAUGCUCCUCGCCUUUUACGCGUAGGAUAUUGUACCACUAAGAACAAAGGCGGUAUUUUCAAAAUUCCGAUCCUUAGAAAUUGGAUGCUUAUCAUGACGAAUUCUCAACGUUUGGAGGAGGCAUUGAAGUCAAAUGACGGUACACUCUCUUCCCGUGGUGCCAUAGAAGAGAUGCUCCAAUUAUCUCAGUUUUUCUCUCCAACUAUUCUCACCAACCCGUACCAUUUUUCUCUCAUCACAUCACACUUGACGAAACGACUCCCCAUGGUUAUCCCGGAACUGGUGGAUGAGGUAGCGAAUUUUUUUGAAGAAUUAAUUGGCGACAAAUCCUUCUUCGUCGGACGUGCUCCAGAAAUUUUCACCCCCAUGAUUUGCAGAACCAUCAACCGUGCAUUCGUGGGUAAAGAGAAAUGUCGAGAUAAAGAAUAUAUCAAGCUUAGUAUUGGGUAUUCUGCCCGUGUAGUUUCAAAGGGAUACAUGCUGUCUUAUGUCCCGUUGUCUUUGCGUGCGGUGGUUGCAAGCCUUAUUGCCCCAUUUUCGCAGAGGCGCGCCAUGGCCAAGCACCUGCAGCCACUCAUAUCUGCUCGACGGGAGACGAUUGCCGAGGUCGGCAAUGUUAACGCAGAUUCCGAUUUUCUGUGUGGCCUCAUCGAGCGUGCACCACCCCAAGAACAAGAUGAUUAUUCUCUAGCCAUGCGAAUACUACAUCUCAAUUUUGCCGCCCUACAUUCGACUUACGUGGUUUGCACGCAAAUGUUUUAUAUCAUCUGUUCGAAAAGAGAGUGGGCAGAAGAGCUUCGCCAAGAAACGGCGACCGUUAUCAAAAACUACGGUUGGACCCAAAACGGACUGGAUCAAAUGGUCAAAAUCGAGUCGUUCGUCAGAGAAGUGCUUAGACUCCGUGGUCAAGCUGGCAUAUCGCUUAUAAGACUCGCCAUCAAGCCUUUCAGGUUUUCCGACGGGGUAGUUAUCCCUCCAGGGACUAUGCUCUCAGCGGAUGCACUGGGGUUUCAGUCUGAUCCAGAACAGUGGAGGGACGCAGAUCAUUUUGAUCCCUUCCGAUUUUGCGAGGGAGAUGACCGAACGUCAAAUGAAAAAGGCAGAAUUGUUAAUACUUCCUACAAUUUUCUGGCGUUCGGUCACGGAAGGAACAGUUGCCCGGGACGCUGGUUUGUCGCUUAUGAGUUGAAAACGAUGCUGGCCUACGCACUGUACAACUACGACAUCUCUUUUGAGAGUGGCGUUCUGGAAGAGCCGCAAGAUAGAUGGCUCGGGGCUGCAUGCUUUCCUAACGAGACAGCGGAGCUCCGCUUCAGUCGACGGAACAGAGAUUAACGACUGAUUUGUUAAUUUUGCCAAUAUUUGAGGUCCGCAAGACGUCUGCGUCGGCUAUUACGUACGUACAGUGGCCAAAAAUUCAGAGUCAUUUUGAGCACUCUGCUGUACAACCGGUGGAUCAUCAAGCCCCUUAGCUUAGUCCCUAGAUAGUGGACAUUAUUCAUUGCGACCUACAAAGGAGGUAAUCAUCUACCGCAGAUCUCAGACUCAUAAAUAUGAAUGAAGCUCGACAAUGUCAACCAGGUAUAGGUAUGAAUUACAUCCCCUUCGGACCCAUUGGAUGCCAGGGACCUAAUGUACACAUAUAAGCAUACUAGUAGCAAGUAAUACAGAAAUUGAAGUCGAGUGGCGUCAUCUAAUAUCACAUUGUACGAUCGGCCAGAACGAGCUAUACGACAUCCUCCACCAAGAGACGCGUA